CGAAAUAACAUUCCAAGUCGCGCGCGUGCUAUCGCCGUGUGAUAACACUUAACGCGUUCGAAAAUCCGCUCGUAAACACAUCAAAACACUCGUGAAACAGUUUUCGCUAAAUUUUAACAAAUCAUUCUGCGUUUACUUCAAUUAUGUAAGAUUUUUCUAUAUUUUUAAAAAUGUCAUUUGUUUCACUCGACGAAUCAUGCGGAUCUCCAUUUUGGGAUUCGAACUUGACAUGGUACGCCGAAAAUCCAGAUUUCACCGAAUGUUUCAAAAAAACAGCACUGAUAUGGAUCCCCUGUAUUUACUUAUGGAUAUGUAUCCCCUUCGAAUUCUAUUUCCUGACAAAAAGCAACUAUCGUGAGAUACCUUGGAACAGAUAUAAUAUUACUAAACUGACAUUCAUAUUCCUAAUGAUAGCUGAGAUGUUAAUUGAAUACGUUGAGAGUGAAAUAAACGAAACCUCUCAGUCUCAACCGCCCAUUUACGUUUAUUCUUCAGCUUCCAGGCUUUUAUCUCUGAUACUGUUCGCCAUUCUUACUGUUGUGAAUAUUAAAAUGGGAAUAAGAUCUUCGGGAAUAUUAUUCGGAUAUUCUGUGAUUUUGACGCUUUGCAGUAUACCAGAAAUUCGAACAAUUGCAUCGAACAGAGAACCAUUUAAGCAGAGCUCAAUUUUUUUUCAAUUUUUGCACUCGGCGUUUCGAUGCAUUCCACCGAUAGUAAUUGUCGUACUGAAUUGUUUCGCGGACUCGAAACCAAAAUAUUCGUUAUGUGAACAAGACGAAAACCAGUGCCCUGAUCAUGAAGCACCUUUCAUAUCGAAGCUGUAUUUACAUUGGUUCGAAUAUUACGUAUGGAGGAAUUAUAAAAAACCUAUACAAGAUGUACUGUGGAAUGUAAAAGAAGAAGAUAAAACAUGCAAUCUUUCGUUAAAAUUUGAAAAUUAUUUUUACGGUUCCAGUGAACCGCAAAAGAAUACUUACAGUAAGCUAAGCAAAAAAGAAUUCGAACUGGUCGAACUGGAUGAAAAAAUCGCACACGAAACGAAUGCCAGAAAUCCGUCCAUUGCAGUUCCUCUUUUCAAAAUGUUUUGGUUUGAUUUCCUCGAAGCGAUGAUGUGGAAAUUUUUGGAAAUGGUGUCUGUCAUAGCAUAUCCGUUAAUAUUCAGCUUAUUUCUAACUUUAAUGGCGGACAAAGUACCAUCUUGGAAAGGAUACGUGUGUUCUUUUUUAUUUCUGCUCAACGGCUGCUUACAAGCUGUAGCAUUGAAUAAAAUGUACAUCAAGUUGACUGCAACUCAGGCAAAAACUAAAAGUACUCUCAUGUCGGCUGUAUACAAAAAAUCUUUAAAAAUUUCCAAUGAUUCGCGAAGAAAGUACACCAGCGGUGAAAUUGUGAAUUUAAUGGCAGUGGAUACAGAGAAAGUAUCAUCUGCCCUCAAAGGUAUAAAUCAGUCUUGGACAUCUCCGAUUCAAGUGGUUUUGUCGAUAUACUUCAUUUGGAAUAUUUUGGGACCCAGUGUACUCGCAAGUUUCGUCGUCAUCAUUAUACUGUUACCGCUUAUAAAUCUACUGAUCAAAAAAAUGAAAUUAUUGCAAAGAAUUGAAAUGAAGAAUAAAGACAAACGAGGUAAAUUCAUGCAAGAAGUUCUGGCUGGAAUUAAAGUUUUGAAAAUGUACGCUUGGGAAUCAUACUUUGAAAAAGAGGUUUCUAAUCUGCGUAAAAAAGAGUUAAAGACGAUAAAAACAAAUUCAUUUUUCAACGCGUUUCUAAUAUUCACUUUCACCUGUAUUCCUUUCUUGAUCUCAGCAGCAACAUUUGCAACUUAUUUAAUUUCUGACGUGUAUCACACUUUGGAUGUACAAAAAGCUUUCGUGACGAUAUCAUUUUUUAAUGCUCUUCGAAAUCCAUUGCAAACAUUACCAGAUGCUAUUUCAAACAUGACUCAAGCAUUGAUUUCAAUAAAAAGAAUAAACGUUUUUUUGAGCCUACAAGAACUCGAUACAGACGUCAUCUCACAUGACAAUACUGAAGAGGCAAUCGUUAUCAAAAACGGUUCGUUUUCUUGGACAGAAGAUGCAGAUGUACCCACCCUGAAAAAUUUGAAUAUCAGAAUUAAAGAAAGCAGUAUUGUUUCUGUGAUUGGAUCUGUAGGAUCGGGCAAAAGUUCAUUAAUAUCAGCUUUAUUAGGCGAAAUGUACAAGAUGGAAGGUUACGUAAACACCAAAGGUAAAAUAGCUUACGUAUCUCAACAAGCAUGGAUACUCAACGCGACCAUAAAAGACAACAUAACUUUGGGAACUCCAGUAAAUCAAUCGUUAUACGAAAAAGCUUUGGAAGCGUGCGCAUUGGAAACAGAUUUGGCAACAAUGUCUGAUUAUGAUCAGACAGAAAUCGGAGAAAAAGGUAUCAAUCUAAGUGGAGGGCAAAAACAACGCAUCAGCUUAGCAAGAGCGAUAUGCUACGAUGCUGAUAUUUAUCUUCUAGACGAUCCACUGAGCGCAGUAGAUUCGCAUAUAGCGAAACAUAUUUUUCAAAAUGUGUUCGGCUCAAAUGGCGUAUUGAAAAAUAAGACUAGACUAUUGAUCACUCAUACAACAGCAUUUCUUUCACUGACUGAUUUCGUAAUAAUUUUGGAAAAUGGCAGCAUAUUGGAAAGUGGAACAUAUCAGCAACUUUCAAAAGACAGUCAGCAUUUCAAUGAAUUUUUAAGAGUUGGUUCGAUCGAUACCGAUACAAUAGAUGAGGAUGAAGCAGAGAUUAUAGCUCCAAAAAGGAAUGAAACCCAAAUAAUUAGACGAUAUGGAAAAUAUGGAGAACCAUUCGAAAAUUCCAAACCAAAGCCAGCCGAUGGAAAUACGAAAAAACUAAUAGAACGAGAGCACUUGGAAUCAGGAAACGUUAAAAACGAUGUUUACACUUUUUAUCUUUCAUCCAUCGGAGUAUUUUUCGUAUCCGGUUCAUUAUUUAUGUACGCUCUUUGCCAAGUACUUUCCAUUUCAUCAAAUUUAUGGCUUUUAAAAUGGUCGAGAGAUGGGAGCUCAUUAGGAACGAAUAACAGCCAGAGCACAGCUGAUAAAUAUUUCUACUUCGAAAUUUAUUUAGCCCUGGGUAUUUCAGAAGCUUUAACCGUUCUCAUGGCAAAUUUGAUAGUAUUCCAUGGUCUUCUGAAAGCUUCUAGCCUUUUUCAUGAUACUUUAGUGGCAAGCAUUUUGAAAUGGCCGACGUGGUUAUUAGAUUCGACUCCGAUUGGUAGAAUUAUUAAUCGACUGACGGGUGACAUAUAUAAUCUCGACAGUAGGAUGGGAGCAAAGAUUGUCAAUUUGAUAAUUUUUUUGAGCAGGCUUAUUUCAAUUUGUCUUGUAAUUAUUUACACAACCCCCAUUUGUAUGGUCGUUAUGGUUCCGAUUUUAAUCGUUAUGUAUCUAAUUCAGGUAUUUUAUUCACGUAUGGCUCACCAAAUUACCAGAAUACAGGCUGCCCAGCAAUCACCCUUAUAUUCUUGUUUGGUUGAAACAAUCUCAGGUUUACCGUCAGUAAGAGCUUAUCAGUAUGAAAAUACAUCAAUCUUACGAGCUUUAGAUAAAAUGGAUCGUUUUUCGGUAGCAUAUAGGUCUUACUUUAUAUGCUGUAGAUGCAUUGCAACUAAAAUGGACAUCCUUGGUGGGUGCAUUGGAUUUUUCGCCGCAUACUUUAUAGUCUCUGAAAAGAACAAUUUAGACAUCGGAUUAAUAGGAUUCUCCAUGAGUUACUCAAUUCAAAUGACAAGAGAACUUACAUGGCUACUACUUCGUUUGAUAGAGAUAGAAGACGGUAUAAUAGCGGUUGAACGUAUCAAAGAAUAUUUGGAAAAGCCACAAGAAGCAGCUCAAAAUUUACCAACAGAUAACAAACUUGAAAGCUGGCCCGCUAGGGGGAAAAUCAAUUUACAAAAUUACAACUUAAGAUACCGCCAAGAUCUCGACAUUGUAUUGAAAAACAUAUCUUUCGAAAUCAAAAGCGGAGAAAAAGUGGGAAUCGUAGGAAGAACUGGUGCCGGAAAAACAUCGCUCAUUUUAGGAUUGUUUCGAUUGAUAGAACCAGCCAGUGGUAAAAUUCUUAUCGAUGAUGUGGAUAUUUCGACCAUCGGUUUACAUUUAUUACGAUCUCGUUUGACAUUAAUACCUCAGGAUCCAGUAUUAUUUUUGGGAACUUUACGUUUCAAUAUAGAUCCAGUUGGAACCAGUGAUGAUGAAACUUUAUGGAAUAUUCUUGAAAAAUCGCAUUUAAAGAAUUUCGUACAAAAUUUACCAGGAGGUCUUCAAUAUCUUAUUGAAGAAGGAGGGGGAAACAUCAGUUAUGGGCAAAAACAAUUGAUAUGUUUGGCGAGAGCUUUACUGAGGAAAACCAAAAUAUUAAUUUUGGAUGAAGCCACAGCUUCAGUUGACUUAGAAACAGAUGAACUUGUCCAAAGGACUAUUCGAACCGAAUUCGUAAACUGCACCGUUUUAACGAUUGCGCAUCGAUUAAAUACAGUUCAAGAUUACGAUAAGAUCCUUGUGAUUAAUGAAGGUCGAGUGGCAGAGUUUGACACCCCUGAAAAUUUGAUGAAAUCAGAAAAUUCAACAUUUUAUGGAAUGGUUCAUGAGCAAAACUCAGCACAAAUACGUAAAAAGUACGCGUGAUAUCGCAAAUCGUAGUACUGAUGAGUGAUUGCGAUUAUUUCUGACUUAUGAUAACAAAUUUCAAGUCAAUUUGGUCCCGUUGGAGUAGAUACAUGGGACAUUAUGUGAUUUAAAUUAACAGAAAAGAAAACAAAGAAAAAUAUGUGCACUUUUUUUUUCUUAAUAUACCGAGUUCAGGUUGAUACUUUCAUAAUAAAAAUGUACAGAUACA